AUGAACGGUGGCAUCGGUGACGCGCUGAUGCAGGUGCAGGUGCAGGCGCCGCCGCCGGGGAUGUCUCUGGCGCCGGCGUUGCCGAUGGUGGCGGCGACCUUCGUGGGCGCUGAGCCGGCCAGCAAGCCGAGGGCCGCGGGGCUGCCACCAACGCCGCCGCAGCAGGUUUUCGCCGGCCAGCGCCCGGCGGCGGCGGGCGGCGACGUGUGCAUGGAGGACUCGGUGGCGCAAGGUGCUGGGCUGCCGCCGCGCAAGGCGCACCGCCGCUCCAGCAGCGACGUGUCGUUCGGGUACUUGGGUGGGCAGCACCAUCUCCUCCCGCCGCCCAAGGUGGAGGCCGGGUGGGCCCACCUCGGCGGCGGCGCGGUGGCCGCCGAUGAUCUGUUCACCGCGUACAUGAACCUGGAGGGGCUGGACGGGCUCAACUCCUCGGAUGACCGCGGCCACGACGAAGGGGACAGCCGCGGGAGCAGCUUCAAGACCAACGGCGCCGACAGCAGCGAGAACGAGUCGGAGGAGUGCGCCGACGACACCCGCGGCGGGAUCCGCCUAUGGGCCGACGGAACCGAGAGGAGGGAGGGCGUCAAGAGGAACGCCACCGGGGAGCCGGCCGCCGUGCCGCUGGCCCGGCACGCCAGGAGCCUGUCCAUGGACAGCCUCAUCGGUAAGUUCAACUUCACGGCAACAGCGGCGGCCGCGGCGGCGAAUGGUGCCGGCUUGGGGCCGAACAGGUUCAGCCUGGAAUUCGGCAGCGGCGAGUUCACCACCGUCGAGAUGAAGAAGAUCAUGGCCGACGAGAAGCUGGCCGAGAUGGCGCUCGCCGACCCAAAGCGCGUCAAGAGGGUGCUGGCGAACAGGCAGUCGGCGGCGAGGUCCAAGGAGAGGAAGAUGCGCUACAUCGCGGAGCUGGAGCAGAAGGUGCAGAUCCUGCAGUCGGAGGCCACCAAGCUGUCCACGCAGGUCACCAUCCUGCAGCGCGACUCGGCGGGGCUCGCGACGCAGAACAACGAGCUCAAGUUCAGGCUGCAGGCCAUGGAGCAGCAGGCGCAUCUGCGCGACGCUUUGAAUGAGGCACUGACAACAGAAGUCCAACGCCUGAAACUCGCCACCGCUGAGCUCGGAGAUACUUGCUCGUCCAGCGGUCUAGUUCAGCAGAUCCAACUCAAUACUCAGAAUCAGAUGUUCCAACUGCAGCAACCGCAGCAGGCUAUACCAUUCUAUCAACUGCAGCAGACACAACAGAACGGUGCAGCGAAGAACAAUGAAGCAAAUGAAUGAUUCCAGAGGCAUUUUGGGCUAGUUCAUGGAGAAAGAAUGUCGGUUUAGAUGAGCUGAAUUCGCAUGAUUUCCUAACUCAUUUGUUUUAAUAUUGUUAAUAAUCACCUUGCAUUUUUCUAGGCGGUGGUUGGUGAACCUCCUUUUUUUACCUUUCAAUGUUCAUUGAUUCUUUGGAUGAUACAGUUGUCGUUUAAGUUACCAAACUGAUGAAGCUGUAGCUCAUUAUUAUUCUUUUGUAGUAAUAUCUAGUCCUAUUUAUCGAGUGUUUUGUGUA